CAACCCUCAACCCCACACCGCAGCCCAAAUAAAAAGAGAAAAGGAAAAGAAAAGGGAAGAGAGGUUUGAUAAAGACGCUCGUCACCCCCACCGCCGCCAUCAUGGCUCUCGGCCGGGGCAUCUUCGCCGCGGCCUUCCUCCUCCUCCUCGCCGCCUCCGCUGCGGACGACAUGUCCAUCGUCUCCUACAACGAGGAGCACGGCGCGCGGGGGCUGGAGCGGACGGAGGCGGAGGCGCGCGCGAUGUACGAGCUCUGGCUGGCGGAGCACGGCCGCGCGUACAACGCGCUCGGCGAGCACGACCGCCGGUUCCGGGUGUUCUGGGACAACCUCAGGUUCGUCGACGCGCACAACGCCCGCGCCGACGAGCACGGGUUCCGCCUCGGGAUGAACGGCUUCGCCGAUCUGACCAUCGAGGAGUUCCGCGCGGCGUACCUCGGCGCCAAGCCCGUCCAGAGGAACCGCGCCGCUGCGGAGAGGUAUCGCCACGACGGAGUCGAGGAGCUGCCGGAGGCCGUCGACUGGAGGGAGAAGGGGGCCGUUGCUCCCGUUAAGAACCAGGGACAAUGCGGAAGUUGCUGGGCUUUCUCUGCAGUCAGCACAGUGGAAAGCAUUAACCAACUUGUCACUGGAGAGAUGAUCGAAUUGUCUGAGCAGGAGCUUGUAGAAUGCUCGAGCAAUGAAGGGAACAAUGGUUGCAAUGGUGGGCUUAUGGAUUCUGCCUUUGACUUUGUCAUAAAGAACGGAGGCAUUGACACUGAAGCUGACUACCCUUACAAAGCCGUGGAUGGCAAAUGCGACAUCAGCAGGGAAAAUGCAAAGGUUGUGAGCAUUGAUGGCUUUGAAGAUGUCCCUCGAAAUGAUGAGAAGUCGUUGCAGAAGGCGGUUGCUCACCAGCCAGUCAGUGUUGCCAUUGCUGCUGGUGGCCGCGAGUUCCAGCUCUAUAAAUCGGGUGUCUUCAGUGGAAGGUGCACCACAACCCUUGACCAUGGUGUGGUUGCGGUCGGCUAUGGCACCGAGAAUGGCAAGGACUACUGGAUCGUCCGCAACUCAUGGGGUCCGAAGUGGGGUGAGGCUGGGUACGUCCGCAUGGAGCGCAACAUCAAUGCGACCAGCGGGAAGUGCGGGAUUGCCAUGAUGGCAUCUUACCCCACUAAAAAGGGCGCGAACCCUCCCAAGCCAUCUCCAACCCCUCCAACACCACCUCCCCCCGUCGCCCCCGAAUUGGUCUGCGACGAGAACUUUUCGUGCUCAGCAGGCAGCACCUGCUGCUGUGCAUUCGGCUUUAGGAAUCUCUGCUUGGUCUGGGGUUGCUGCCCACUGGAAAGCGCCGUCUGCUGCAAGGAUCACGCCAGCUGCUGCCCACGGGAUUACCCUGUCUGCAACACCAGGGCUGGAACUUGCUCUGCGAGCAAAAACAGCCCACUGAGCGUGAAGGCCGUGAAGCGCACCCUCGCGAAGCUGAACUCCGCGUGAACUCGUCCAGACGGCAGUGUCGGUCUGGAGAAGUAUGGGACUGCCCGGAGCUUUUCUGAUUCCGCGCUUCCAAAUCUCGUUCAAAAUUUGAUCAAGACAUGGCUUUCAUAGAUUGUUGUAUAUGUUCUAGUACUAUUUAUCUUUCAUGAAUCUGAAUCCUCUGUAAAUAAUCAGCUAUCGUUUGUACUCUGAUUACGUCAUCAAGGAUAUUGGUCAUGAAUGAACUGUUCUAUAAUCCAAGUUCAAGUAUCUAUUCACUUCA